CCAAAACCAGAGUGUGGAGCCACAGUGUGGCGGUGGAGGCAGCAGCAAUGGGAGGCCAUACAGCACCCUAUGACAAAAUGGAAACCACCAGCAGUGUGAGGAGACCUGAAAGUGGCACAUGGCAGAGUGUGGCGAUGGAGACAGCAGCAAUGGGAGGCCGUACAGGGACCCAUGACACACUCUGGACCUGGCAGCAGCAUGAGGAGGCGGUACAGGGGCCCAUGGCAGAGUGGCGAAGCGUAAGCAGCUUAAAUUGAAGGCCAUACAGAGGCCUAUGUUAAAAAGUCCCCCCAGCAGCAGUGUGUGGGGAGACGACUAUCAAGAAGCAGAAGCAGCUUCAAUUGAAGAAGAAGAGGAUGAGGAUGAAGAAGAAGAAGAAGAGGAUGAGGAUGAAGAAGAAGAAGAUGAGGAUGAAGAAGAAGAAGCAGAAGAAGAAGAAGAAGAAGAAGAGGAUGAGGAAGAAGAAGAAGAAGAAGAAGAAGAGGAUGAGGAUAAGAAAGAAGAAGAAGAAGAGGAUGAGGAUGAAGAAGAAGAAGAAGAAGAAGAAGAGGAUGAGGAUGAAGAAGAAGAUGAGGAUGAAGAAGAAGAAGAAGAAGAGGAUGAGGAUGAAGAAGAAGAAAGAAGAAGAAGAAGAGGAUGAGGAUGAGGAGGAAGAGGAUGAGGAUGAAGAAGAAGAGGAUGAGGAAGAAGAAGAA